UGGAUUCACUAGUACUUAAAGGGCCCUUAACUGGAUUUAUAUAAACUGAAGUGCCCUUACCAACGCUAAAUUAAUGUACCCUACAGGUAAACAUGUACUGAUUUGUGCCGCCUGUGUUCUCCAAGUGUACAAAGCUGGGCUCACCAGGCAAGUGGUGCACCACUCUGGGUUGUGUAGAGUGAUGGGCACGACCGCCAUUCCUCCUCCACCACACUCCACUGCUCGCCACAGAUGCAGACGAAGAUGAAGAAAAACGCGAGGAUCACGGGUGAAGCCGUCUAAGAGCCUACGAGAGAUAGGCCUACGGCAACGAUGGGUGACACGCCAGACAACGAAGAACCACAGUUUGCUUCAACAGUCCACCUCUGUCCCUCUGGCAAGCAGAAAAUGGACCAGAUGCAAUGGCCGAGAAUCAGGAGCAACAAAGUGGGGGUAGAUGAAGGGGUGACGAACAUUGACGUUGGGAAGGAUGAAGAGGAGAGAGGAAGCAGAUCGCCAGCGGGUCGGACUCUAUCCGCCAAACUAAGAGCCUCCAGUGGUUUAAGUCAGUUCCGCGAGGUGGACUUCAGUGACCAAGUACAAGGAUCAGCUGACAAGGGCAAGACGAAGCAGUAUGUAGUUCCUGACUCCCUGCGUGGCUCCGACGUGUUCAGCGCCAAGGCAGACGAUGACGGUGAAACAGGAGCAGACGCAGGGGCAGACGCAGGGGUAGACGCAGGGAAGUGCCCGCAAGGGGACCUCGAGCAUAGCGGCAAAGACUUAGCCGACGUUGGUAGCCAAGUGGCUGAUGAGAAAGGAGCGAAGGAACAGGCACUACACGAAGAGGUGACGAAGAAUGAUCAAGGAAUAACGUUAGUCAAGGAGGCGGUUACAGAGGGUGAAGGAGAGGGAGAGUGUAGAGAGAAGCAGAAUGGUGCUGGUGGAGAGACAGAUGGAAAACCCGCCGAUACAGACGCUGUCAAUACUGUUCAUGGAAAGGGAGGAGCUUUUGCUUAUGGAGUUGUAGCCUCACAAAUAAGAUACAACCCAUGGAGAGAGUCUCGGGUGCCCAGCAGCCUUAGACUCAGAGAAUACGAAGAAGGUGCGAGCACAAGCAAGAUGGUCCCCUCGCACGCCGUCGCCUCCACCAGCUCUGUCACGGACGACACUGAACUCUCCUUGGAGGAGGAGAUCUCCAAGCCCAGACGUCCGUUGCACCAGCAGGAUGACAAGGCUAAGCCCGUACUGACGCCCACGUCGAUCGCCAUCUACUCCACCAUUCAGAAGAACGGCACCAGUUCGGGGACGUGUGUCCUCUUCACCAUGGCGGGAUGCACCUUCAUCGUCACCAUCGUUCUCACCAUCGCCCUCCUCGUCGCAUCGAGGUCCUCGUGGAUCAAGAAAGAGGACCCGGCAGACCGCUCUGUUCCCGCCAUUAUCACCAGCAGUAACAACACCAGCGGCGGCACUUCCCGCUCUGCGCUACGCGCAUACACCGUAGCCAGAAUUCUGAAGGUUCUACUCACGACAACUCCGUCACCCACACCUGACACACCUGCGCCUACAUCUUCCAUAGCCUCAACAUCUUCCACCACACCUCCUUCAUCCAUAGCAUCCACCACCCUGCCAGGUUCACAAGACAGCACUCAACCAUCCAAAGACGCCAUCACAACACGGUCGCCCUGACAUUGUUAACCUCGUGUAUAUAAAUCAGAGCCAACUCAUUUACCUUCGUCCCGGAGUGAUGCAGCGCACAACAGCACUGGUUGAGCCGAACGGCAACAAUUUUAAGUACUUUUUUUUACUACUAUUUACUUUUGAAUACCGAGGCACCUCUGCGCUCGUUUUCAUACCGACUGCUUCGUCAACCACCGUCCCGCUGAUCCAUGGUGCGUACCGUCACUCCAAGACGAACCAGCUGACGCUGAGAAUAAUGUAAUAGUUCCAUAUGUGAAGGAAAACAGUUAAAUUCAAACUUGGUCCAAUUCAAUUUCUGGCGGUAAAUCAUGAUUCUGCAAGCAAGAUAAACUAUAUACAUAAGAAUGUUGUUAUAAAGGUGGCGUACAGCAGUGAGGGAGCCUGGAGCGGUGCUCAACACUUGCUGAUGAUUUACAACUGCCUAAUCCUUCGUAAACAAAGGCUCGGCCCGUCCAAUGUCUUUCAAUAUAUAUGUGUAAAGUAGUACUUUAUCAUGAUAUUUUAUUAGUUCCUUUAAAACUCAAAUAAUUACAUGUAUAUUUUAAAGUCAGAGAUACGGCAAUGAAGUCAGAUCUUAUCAGAGCAGGAAUAAAUAAAUUUGAAAACAAAUUAAAUAUUUUCAAAGCUCUUUCAAGAUGUAAGAAAUUUUGACCCACUGUUUUGCAAGUUUUCUUCAGAUUUAUAAGAUUAUUCAAUACAAACACUUGUAAUUCAAUGUAAAUAUAUUUUAAUUUAAUACAUAAAUAUACUGUGGUUCGGAAUUCAUGAAUGCCUAAAACUUUGAAUCUAGCUUCAAUUUCUACCUCUCGUUUCCCUCUCUCAAACUCAUAUCUCUCUCUUUCUCUCGUGCAGUAUGUUCAUAAUGGCUUAGCACUUUCUUCUGAAAAAUACGUGGUCAUUCUUUUUUUUAAUAUACCUUGUAAAAAAUAUUUAUGUAGACUACAAACAGAACCACAUUUUGUUUCUAUUAUGCAUUUCUAACUAAAAUGUAAUAAUGUAUUGAUUAAGUUCAGGUAGAGCAUUCCAAGCUGUUCCGUCAUCUUAUUUAUCUCUUAAACUUUGCAUGGGAACUGAAGUGAACAGCUCUAAAUGAGUUAUCAUGUCAUCAAUUGUAAGUCAAAGUAAUAACAUCAAAAGACUUCAAAAUUAUAGGAAAUGUGAUUUAAGAAGCAGUCAAGGAAGGGGAGAGCCUGUGAUCGUGUGUGAGUGGUAUUCCAAGGUCAGUUCUGUACAGCGUGUGAAUAAAGUCCUGAAAAUUUU